AUGUCCGAUCUUUCCAUUGAGCUUACUGCUCCCAAUGGCAGGAAGUACACCCAGCCAACCGGCCUCUUCAUCAACAACGAGUGGGUGAAGAGCAGCGAUGGAAAGAAGAUUACCUCUAUCAAUCCCACCGAUGAAUCCGAUAUUACCUCCGUCUACGCCGCUAGCGUGGACGAUGUCGACACCGCCGUUGCAGCAGCCCGCAAGGCAUUCAAAGACCCCUCAUGGCGCGACAUGUCCCCCACGGAUCGCGGCAACUUGAUGAUGGUCCUCUCUGACCUCGUCGCCAAGCACGCAGACACACUAGCCACGAUCGAGACAUGGGACAACGGCAAACCAUACGGAGACUCUCUCGGUGAUGUGGGGGAGGUAGUUGGCGUACUGAAGUACUAUGGUGGAUAUGCGGAUAAGAUCCACGGCCAGGUCAUCGACACCGGGCCAGCGAAGUUCGCAUACACGAUCCGCGAGCCGGUCGGUGUCUGCGGACAGAUUAUUCCGUGGAACUAUCCGCUUGCGAUGGCGGCUUGGAAACUGGGACCUGCACUGGCUUGCGGGAAUACGAUUGUGAUGAAGGCUGCUGAGCAGACACCGUUGAGCAUUCUCUACUUAGCGAAUCUGAUUAAGGAGGCUGGGUUCCCGCCUGGUGUCAUCAAUAUUCUGAAUGGUGUUGGACGAGUAGCGGGUGCGGCUAUUGCUACCCAUGUGAAUAUCGAUAAGAUUGCUUUCACGGGAAGCACUGCUACCGGAAAGGAGAUUAUGAAGAUGGCUGCUGGUACAAUGAAGAAUAUCACCUUGGAGACAGGUGGAAAAUCACCGUUACUAGUCUUCGAUGAUGCGGAUUUAGAGCAGGCGGUGAAAUGGUCUCAUAUCGGCAUCAUGUCCAACCAAGGCCAAAUCUGCACCGCAACCUCCCGCAUCCUCGUCCAAGACUCACUCUACGACAACUUCGUCGAAGCCUUCAAAAAGCAAGUCGCCGAGCUCUCCGUCGUCGGCGACCCCUUCGCUGAGACCACCUUCCAGGGCCCGCAAGUCACGAAAGCGCAGUACGAGCGCGUCCUAGGCUUUGUCAAAGCCGGCAAAGAAGAAGGCGCCACGCUCGUCUCUGGCGGCGAGGCGUUCACCAAGGGCUCCCCCUCUGGGAAAGGCUUCUUCAUCACACCGACAAUCUUCACGGGUGUAAAGCCCAGCAUGAAGAUCUUCCGCGAAGAGGUCUUCGGUCCGUUCGUCGUGAUUGCUAGCUUCAAGACCGAGGAGGAGGCGCUGGAGAUGGCGAACGAUACUACCUACGGUCUUGGCAGCGCAGUCUUCACGAAGGAUAUCACGAGGGCGCAUAGGGUGGCGAAGAGGAUCGAGGCGGGCAUGGUGUGGAUUAAUUCGAGUAAUGAUUCGGAUUACAGGAUUCCUUUUGGGGGCGUGAAGCAGAGUGGUAUUGGGCGGGAACUUGGGGAGGCGGGGCUCGCGGGGUAUACGCAGAUUAAGGCUGUGCAUGUUAAUAUGACUGGGGAGUAG